GGCAACAUAGCGAUUUUGUCUUACAUCUUCAGCGGAGAGAUCAUCGAACGCUGAAGGGAGACUUGGGGAGGCAAAUGACGGACGCUUGUAUCCGAACCGUUGUCGAAGCCAUCCACUCGAGCCCAUUUCAGGCUGUCAUCUAUCUCUCCGGUGGAGCUUCUAUGGUAUUAGGUUCGUUGCUUUCAGUUCCUGGUGCUUCAAAUACAGUGCUUGAAGCUGUGAUUCCUUACUCCAGGAUGUCCACGAUCCAGUUGCUUGGCAAGAUUCCACCUCAGUUUUGUAGUCAACAGAUUGCUGAAGAAAUGGCUUUGUUGGCUUACAAUCGUGCUCUUAAGCUCUCCAGACCAGGAUCCCCUGUUCUUGGUGUCGGUUUCACUGGUUCUUUGGCUACUACGCGUCCAAAACUUGGGGAGCACAGAUUUUAUAUGUCAACAAGAACAUCUAACCGUUUAUGGAUGUCAACAGUGACCUUGACCAAGGGAUUGCGUACCCGAGAAGAAGAAGAAAGAGUCUCUAGCCAUCUUUUACUCAAGGCAAUUGCAAACGCAUGCAAAGUUCCAGCAACAUCUAUCUCUGAGUUGACUGAAUCUGAUGUAUCUGAUGAAUGCGAACAGCAAUUCAGUGAAGAUCAAGAGUUAGAACAACUAAUAAAUGGCCAAACAUGCUUUAAAAUUUAUCCAUUUUGUAGUGAAGCCUAUACAUCAGCAGAGAGGAAAAUAAUUCUACCUGGUUCUUUUAACCCUUUACAUGAUGGGCAUCUCAAGCUUAUGGAAGUUGCCACUCGCAUUUGUGGCGGCGGCUAUCCAUGCUUUGAAAUAUCUGCAGUUAAUGCAGAUAAACCUCCAUUAUCAGUGUCUGAAAUAAGGAAUCGUGUCAAGCAGUUUGAAAAAGUUGGAAAGUCAGUAAUUAUAUCCAAUCAACCUUUUUUUCAUAAGAAGGCUGAGCUUUUUCCAGGAAGUGCGUUUGUAAUUGGUGCUGACACGGCAGUGAGGCUUAUUAAUCCUAAAUACUAUGAUGGGGAUUACAACAAGAUGUUGAAGGUACUCAAUGGUUGCAAGGAAACAGGAUGCACCUUUCUUGUGGGUGGUCGGAAUGUAGAUGGUGCUUUCAAGGUGCUUCUGCAUAAUAAUUUAGUACUACCUCCGUUUCAAAUGCAAGGCAUUUUUGGAAAGGUACUUGAGGAUUUGGAUGUUCCUGAGGAACUAAAAGACAUGUUCAUCUCUAUUCCUGCUGAACAGUUCCGAAUGGAUAUAUCUUCCACUGAGAUAAGGAAAAGAAGUGGAAUGUGAAUACCUUAAUUGUUUAGAGUCUCUGUAUGCUCAUAUUGGUUACAAGAUUUCUAGCUCAAAAAUAAUCACGCAUCUGUACACAAGAUAAGUUACUUCACAUUCAUACUGCUCAUACAUAACUGGUAGGGUCAUCAUGCAGAGAGAGACUGCAUAAGAGCACAUAGCAGAUCAAUUAGGGUUAUGUAAGAAGGUUAGUGACUUUGCCAUGAUAUAGAAUGCACAUUUGUUUGUUAUCUUACUGAUGUAUAACAGAUUCAGGGCUGUGAAACAAGUCCCAAUAGCUGACAAGAUCCAGAGACCAGUGAUUGUCUGAAAUUGAAGCACUAGAUGUUAUUUAAGAAGUCAUUGGAGAGAAUGAAUAUACUUGUUCAAGAAAUUGAAAAGAGUUUCUAAAUACCAUAAAUAAGAGUUUCAGGUCUUUCCCAGUUGAAAUCUCACAAAGUGUCUUCAUGAACCAGUUGAAUCUCUUGAAUAGGUAUCUCCAGGUGGAUUCUGAUAUUCCAACUUCAUAAAUACAUGGAGGACUCCUGCAAUACAAACUACUUAAUGUGCAGUCUGGAGAUUAUAGAAGGAUAGGAUUUCAAUUUUUUUUUCUUUUUUAAGAAAGAAGUUGCUAUGACUUAUGAGGUGUUUUAAAUAAAAAAAAGUGCAUGUUUGGUACAAGAAAAUGAAGAAUAUAUUUAGAAAGAAAAUGAGAUGGAUGCAUUUAUCAUUUUCUAUCUAUCAAA